GGUGGCUACGGCCCUGAUAGGUCUACUGUUUUGGAGUCUAUAUAGUCUGAUGCUAGAGGUUGCAUACAAUGAAGGCUCAAGGUGUUCAGCUUCUGCCGCUGUUGCUAUGUAUUGUAUCCACCUGCUGGGGACAACAAGUCUCACUGUCCCUGGGAUCGGGUCGUACCAUCACUACAAACAAUAUGGAGAUCCUUAUCACUGACAUUGGGGAGGAUGCUCCGGGUGGUCUCCCUUCUCUCACCUGUCACACUGAUCUCACUACCUGCUGUAGAAGUAAUGCUGACAACAAUGGUAUGGGAGCACUGGGACAGUGGACGUAUCCUAAUAGGAGUGUGAUACCGCAAAAUGGUGGCUCAGCAAACGCAGGACAGCAGUUCUACAUUAACAGGAAUGCUCCCAAACUCAUCAGACUGAACCGUAGACAGGGUAACAACCCCCUCACUCCAACCGGGUCCUACUGUUGUACUGUACCAACUACUGGAGGAGAUAUGACCAUCUGUGCCAACCUGGUUCCACCACUCUGUUUUGAUAAUCUCCCGACCAUUUCUAAUGGAGGCAUAACCUAUAAUAAUGGACAAGCCACUUACAACUGCUUUGGUGACUACCGUCUGGUCGGAGAUGCAAUGAGGACUUGUGGGAGUGAGGGUAUCUGGGGAGGGUCAGCUCCAGUGUGUCAGCAGAUAACCUGCUCUGACUUACUACCCACACUGACCAACGGGGUGAUAUCUUACAGUGAUGGAUCCACUGGCAUCAGACCAGUGGGCACUACAGCUACUUACUCUUGUACCAAUGGCUACCGUCUGGUCGGAGAGGCAAUGAGGACUUGUGGGAGUGAGGGUACCUGGAGUGGAUCAGCUCCAGUGUGUCAGCAGAUAACCUGCUCUGAUUUAUCCACACUGGCAAAUGGGGACAUUAACUAUGGUGCUGGAUCUACUAACAGCAGACCAGUGGACACUGUGGCCACCUACAGCUGUAACUUUGGCUACACUAUCAAUGGCGGCAGCACCAGGACUUGUGAGAGUGAUGGAAAUGAUAAAGUGUGGAGUGGGUCUCCUCCAACUUGUCAGCAGAUAACCUGCUCUGAUUUACCCACACUGAUCGUUUCCUACGAUGGUGGAUCCACUGACAUCAGACCAGUGGAUACUGGAGCUACCUACUCCUGUGACACUGGCUACACUAUCAAUGGAGACACCAGCAGGAUUUGUGGGGUUAAUAGAAUGUGGAGUGGGUCAACUCCAACUUGUCGAGCCACCUGUCCUGACCUCCCUGUACCAACCAAUGGAAUGAUCAGCUACAGCUCUAGUACCUCACCAUGCCCUGAGGGAGCCACGGUCACACAGAGCUGCUUGAAUGGAUACGUACCCGCCACUACUACCAGCACUACUACCAGAGUGUGUCUGGCUAACAGAUCAUGGAGUGGAUCACCCCUCACUUGUGAAGUACCUCCAGUACCUCCUGUAUACGUUUCCUUGGGAACCACCAACUAUGCUGGUAUGAACUCACAGGUUGACAUAAACACUAUCGGGGAGGCCGAUGAUCAGGCGCUUAUCUGCAGAACUAACAAUGCUCAAUGCUGUCGUGGAAGCGACGGCCUUGCAGCCGGGGAGUGGAGGUUUCCCAGCGGAGAGGUUGUUCCUAGACGAUCUGAUGUCAACACCUCGGUUCCAUUCGUUUCCUCUCGUGGUGUUGGGAUACUUCGACUCCAUCGUCGAGGGUCUGUGUCAGGCCCCACUGGGUCCUACUGCUGUGUGAUUCCUGACAGUACUGGAGUAGAUAUGACAUUCUGUGUGCGGCUAGUAACUACCACUGCUAUAGUUACCAGCACCACUUCAUCUAGCUCAUUACUCUCCUGUGGCCCUCCUCGCUCUAUUGACAACGGAUAUCCUGGACAACCAACCAGCACAAUGAUUGGAGGAGAGGCGACCUACACCUAGCUGUGACACUGGAUUCAUUCAUUCUGGGUCAUCUAUUGCCACUUGUCUGUCCACUGGCAGUUGGAGCAAUCCACCGUCUUGUCAGACCCCUCCCCCUGUCUACCUAUCCCUAUCCUCCACCAACUACCUGUCUGGGCUCUCUGAGAUCCCCCUGUCCUCCUUGGGAAAGGGGAGUGGCCUCGUUUGUCAUACUGACCUUGCUGGCUGCUGUGAGGGGAACACAGGAGAUUGGUACUAUCCUAACGGGUCUGUUGUUACAGAGGAUGGAGCGUUGUAUGUUAGCGGAGGUCAGAUGAGUGUCAGUCUGAUGAUGAGUGGAACAGCUUCUGCUCCUGGUGGUGUCUACUGCUGUGUGUUGCCUACCAGUGGAGGGAUGAGCACAGCAUGUAUUGUGUUAGCCUCUACUGAUGAUCAUGAUUGAGAGCUCUCCCUCUAGUUCUGACAACACUGGUGCUAUGGUGGGAGGAGUGGUGGCCCUGGUAGUGGUAGUGAUUGCAGUGACUGUAGUGAUGGUGACCUACCUGGUGCUCCGGUACAAGAGAGGAGGGAAAAUGACCGUUCUGCAAGAUAUCCCCCUUACUGACCGGGGUCAAAGUGCAGCUGCUACCUACGAGACUGCCCCUGCCAUUUAUGAGGAGAUCCCAGCCUCCAGAGAGGUCAAAGGUGACUACAGCUAUACGCAAAACAAAGCCUACUCGACUGUGAGUGGGCGUGGCAACACAGAGGCUCCAGCUGCUGGAGGAAUACGAUCAAAAAACUGAAUUGAACUAGCAUAUGUUUGUGAGUGCUCAUAUUCAUUCAAAAAAAUUAAUGUUCCAAAUUCAGUAGCAAUAUCAGCCCAUCUCAUUUUCGAUGGUAUAUACACUGA